AUGUGCGACGACGUUUCCAAGGAAGAAACUAAUAAUUCUUCAGAUAAUUUAGACGCCGAAAAACGUCCUGUAUUUGGCAAUCGAUUCCUAACCAAUGAGGAUGAUGUUUUCUCCCAUAAUGCAUGGUCAUUUGCAAAGCAACCAACCGAUUUGGAGUACACUAGACAUCGUAAGAAACCAGCAGGAGGUGGAAGAGAAUUAACCGACAAAUCAAUGUUUAAUGAAUUUAAUGCAUGGGACAAUGUGGAGUGGGACGAAGAACAAGAACAACAGGCACUACAAGCCGUUGAAAAGAAUUCCUCCAUAAAAAUGUCCGAUGAAGACAAGGCGAAAUUUAAAGGUGAUGCUGACAAAUUUUGGGAUUCCUUUUAUGGUGUGCAUCAGAAUCGAUUCUUUAAGGAUCGCCAUUGGCUGUUUACAGAGUUUGCUGAAUUGGCUCCCAACAAAGACAUCCAAGAGAGUAGAAGUAUCUUUGAACUUGGUUGUGGUGUUGGUAAUACCAUAUUGCCCAUUCUCAAGUAUAGCACAGAACCAAAUUUAAAAGUAUAUGGUUGUGAUUUCUCUGCAAAGGCCAUUGACAUAUUUAGAAAUCAUCCUGAAUUUGAUGCGAAACGAUGUGAAAUAUUUGUUAUGGAUGCAACAUUGGAGAAUUGGCAGGUGCCCUUCGAGCCCGAUUCACAGGAUAUUAUCGUUUUGAUAUUUGUUUUGUCUGCCAUAGAACCAAGUAAAAUGAAAUAUGUUGCUGAGAAUUGUUAUAAAUAUUUAAAACCUGGAGGUUUACUGCUUUUCCGUGAUUAUGGUCGUUAUGAUUUGGCACAAUUGCGAUUUAAAAGUGGCAAAUGUUUGGAAGAUAAUUUGUAUGUUCGUGGAGAUGGUACAAUGGUAUAUUUCUUCACACAGGAAGAAGUAAGGAACUUAUUUACUGGUGUUGGCUUCGAAGAAGAACAAAAUGUCAUCGACCGGAGAUUGCAAGUUAAUCGUGGGCGUAUGUUAAAAAUGUACAGAGUUUGGAUACAAACUAAAUAUCGUAAACCUAAGGUGUGA